UUUUAACAAGGGUCGAAAAGACCUAAAAUGAAGGAAGACUCUCAUUCGAAUGUCGGCACGAUCAAAAGCACUUUACAGCGAUCUCAAUCCCAGAAAAGAGUUCGCAGUCGGUCGUUUCCAGCGAAUCGUGGCACGAAGAGCGCAGGGUGCAACCGGGCGUGCACGGGAACUCGGCUCGAAAGAAGGCGAAAAAGAGGGAGGGAGGAGAGAUCGGAAUCACGGUGGUCAGCCACUUUAUCCUCGUGCACGCAGCGAGCCCGUCGAGCACCACGAGCAAGCACACUGCUUAUGGCGAGGUGUGUGUAGUACACCGCUAUGGGAGUUUGGCAGCAGCGGUCCAGGCUGCUGGCUCUCAUGGUGUUGCGUUACUUUCCCACAGGCGAGUCUCUUCCUUCGUGUGCACUUCUUUCCAGGCUGCGCACCACGUACGCCCACCGUGCACUUGCACACACGCGCAACCGCCAUACAAGCGGGUCGAAAACGGGCAGACAGGUAUGGCGAAUAAAGAGAACGGCAGAAGCACGCAUCUCACCUUGCAAGGCAAACCUGUUCGCCGGUACCUGAACCAAAUCUCACCGUAACCAAGUGUUACGACCUGAAAAUAAUGUUACCUUCGAGCUGAUCUUUAAAUGUCGGGACUGACGGAAGCGAAAUGCUGCAACUAAUACCAGAGGACAGGUUUUGGGAGCUUCGAUCAGAAAUUAUAGAUUGAACGGGAAAUCUCCAGGAAUACCGAGUCAGGUGAUGGGAGAAUUUUGUAUUUCCUUGGUAUU